AUGGCGCUGCCCCCUGAACUGCAAGCGCUGUCUGGGCAGGGCCUCGGCAAGAGCAUUCAAGAUCAGCAGCGCAUGUUGUCUAAAUUGUCGGGGAGUGACUGGGCCUCGCUGUCAAAGCAGAUGCAACAGGAGGCAGCGGCAGCGGUGGACGGAGUGGUGAAGGUCGUGGAAGCAAACCCCGCAGCCUUCCUGUCCGUCGGGGCCGUCCUGCUGCUGUCUGUCGCUGCUGUCGCCUCUCGUCGUCCCUCCAUGACAACUCCCUACCCUUCCGGGGUUUACGACAAGGACACAGCCGCGGAGUACUUCAGAGAGAGGCCCGUGCUGUUCUUUUCGAGGGGCGCGCAGAUCGCCAUGGCUGCUCUUGGCUUCGGCGUGUCGGUCGGGCUGGACCUGCUGAUGAACAAGUAUGAGGAGAACGAGGGGAAGCGGGCGGACCAGGCGACGACCAUCCUGACGGAGCUCGGGCCCACGUUCAUCAAGAUUGGACAGUCACUAUCCAUUCGCUCCGACCUUCUCUCUCCCGAGUACCUGCGGGCGCUGACGCAGCUGCAAGACAAGGUGCCUGAGUUCUCGACAGAGACGGCGAUUGAGAUCAUCAAGGGGGAGCUGGGGAGAGACGUCUCCUCGGUCUACGACAACUUCGAUCGCCCCAUCGCAGCAGCGAGCUUGGGUCAGGUGUACAGGGCAAGGCUCAAGGACGGGAGGGAGGUGGCAGUGAAGGUGCAGAGGCCGAACAUCUUGGAGAGGAUUGCUCUCGAUAUGCAUCUGAUCCGUGAAUCUGCUCCCCUGCUGAAGAAGCUCGGAGCUCCCGGGGACAUCGAGGGGCUGGUGGACGACUGGGGUUUUGGUUUCGUCAACGAGCUGGACUACAGGAAGGAGGGAGAGAAUGCGGAAGCUUUCAUGGAAUCGAUCAGCAAGACUCCUCUGGUGGUAGCUGGCGUGUACACGAGGCUCAUGGCAGGAGGGGGAGCGGCGAACAUCGACGUCAACGCCGUGUUCUCCGAGCUGCAGGACCUGACGGAGAAGUACGGGAACUUGUUUCAGAUCCCCCCCUACUUCGCCUACAUCGCCAGAGCGUUUGGAGUGCUGGAGGGCAUCGGGCUCAGCAACAACCCCAAGUACGCGAUCAUCAGCGAGUGUCUGCCCUACAUCAGCCAGCGGCUCCUGACCGACACAAACCCGCGCACUGCCGGGGCCCUCAACACGUUCAUCUUCGGGGCAGAUAAGGACAAGGAGGAUCGUCUGCUUGACGUCGAGCGGGUCGAGUGGCUUCUGGAUGGCUACUCGAGCUACCAGACGGCAGCGGGAGGAGGAUCGCUGGUGUCUGCUGCGAAGCCCAUCACCACGGUGGUAGAGGAAGCGGCCGAGCAGCUUUCGUCCCUCCUCCUCACGGAGGAUGACAGCCCUGUACAGGCAAUCGUCCUGGAGCAACUCGCCCGCAUCCUCAAUGCGGGAGUGAGAGGAACAUGGACGGCAAUCCGUAACUCCAGGCAAGAAGAGAGGAGGAGGACGAGGAGGACGAGGACGAGGAGGAGGAUUGACGGUGGAAUCAGUGGGAAGAUGAGGAACGGACGAACGCUGCUGGGUAUGCUCGUCGAUCCUCUUGGAAUCUUUAGGGGGACCGGAAUCUUUACCUCCGACGAGGAUGACCGAAGGGUGAUGGAGGCGACGCAGAGGCUGCUGGAGGUGGUGCAGCGUCAGUCAGUGAGGGAGAGCAUGGGGAGCUUGAGGCCGCAGGAGCUGCGCGCGGUCGCCGCCAUCGUCGUUAGGAAGUUGUGGGACAAGCGAGCCAAGCUGCUGCUCACCUCGAACAAACUCGCGUCCACCGCCCUCCGACAGUCCCUACAGAGGUUGGAGAGGAGGAGAUGA